GCUUCCCGGCACGACAAGCGGCUUCGGGGUGGGCGAGUUGGCGACCGCGAGGCCCGGGCGUUGGCUCUCUAGGGGCGGCCCGGCUGAGAGCAUCUGGCCGCCCGGGAGCGGAGCCCAUGAGCAGCUCGGUGGCGGCGCAGGACUGCUGCGGAGGCCUAGGCAAUGUUGACUUCAGGCAGGCAGACCUCUGCGUUAUGACCUGGCUGCUGGGCUACGUGGACCCCUCGGAUCCCGGCUUUGUGGCUGCCAUCCUCAUCAUCACUUUCAACCCGCUCUUCUGGAAUGUGGUUGCGAGAUGGGAACACAGAACGCGCAAGCUGAGCAAGGCCUUCCGAUCCCCCUACCUGGCCUGCUACUCCCUGGGCGCUGCCAUUUUGCUCCUGAACAUCCUGCGCUCGCACUGCUUCACUCAGGCCAUGCUGAGCCAGCCCAAGAUGGAGAGCCUGGAUAACCCCACAGCCUAUUGCUUGGGCCUUGCGCUCCUGGGAAUUGGCAGUACAUUUGUGCUCUCCAGCUUCUUUGCGCUGGGCUUCACCGGGACCUUCCUAGGAGAUUACUUCGGGAUCCUUAUGGAGGCCAGAGUGACCACAUUCCCAUUCAACAUCCUGGACAACCCCAUGUACUGGGGCAGCACAGCCAAUUACCUGGGCUGGGCCAUUAUCUGUGUCCUCUGUGCUCAGAUGCGCCCUCCAAAGGCAGAGCUCACAUGUGGACCCUGUCUGCGCCCCAGUGGUGGUGCCCGGUGCCCAGGAGUGAGAUGUCACCAGGCACGCCAGCCCCACCGGCCUGCUGCUGACCGUGGUCGUGGGCCUCAUCUACAUAGUCGCCAUCCAGUACGAGGAGCCCUUCACCGCUCAGAUCUACCAGCAGAAAGCCUCCCUGUCCCACAAGAGGAGCUGACCGCGCCCGUGGCCACUUCACUGAGGGCCUGCUGCCCCCGGCCUGCCCCGAGUGCCAGGCCCUGCAGUGGGGAGAAGGGCGCCUGGCCGCCGCUUGGUGUUCGUGCCCGAUGCGGGCCGCUCAGUGCCUUGGAAACCUCUGCCUUGGGGGCACUGGACAUGCCGUUAUUUGGCCACCGAGCCCUCGUGUCUCGCUGCCCCCAGCACACCCUAACUCCCCAAUAAAGGCACCCUGAUGCCAGCAUC